AACCCGCACAGCGUGGGGUUUCACUCGUGUGCUAGAACUAUGCUAUAACAGGUCGAAAGGAAGUGUUUUUGAGUAUGAUAAAAAAUGGACCCGGCAAGGAUGGUUGGAGGCUCUCUUGUUAAGCCAACGAUUUGAAAACUACAUCACUAAUCUGUUUAAAUAUUUAUGACCCAUUAGAGACGCAACAAGACAUCGCACACAGAAGCUGGCGGCACAAAGAUUCUUGAAAAACAACUAGAUCAGUAUUUGCAGGGAUUCGUCAAAAAGACAGUCAAUCAGCGACAGAAUGGGCCUAGACGAGAUUUUAGCCAACCUCGAAAGGAAAAACAUGUCAUUUGUAUGGAAACGCCGACUAACAGUGACAGCUUUUUGCAUAAGGAUGUUUCUUGUUGGAGUGGAAUAUGCCAUAAUUUUACCAUCGGUUUGGUUAUACUUGAAAACCUUCCAGGUUCAAACUUGGUACCUUGGUCUUGUCGUGGCAAUGUACACAAUAGCUGGCAUGAUAAGCCUCCCAGUGAUUGGGCGUUUGUUUGACAAGACAAAACGAACGAAAGAAAUCUUACUCGUUAUGAAUGCAUUUGAAAUUGUUGGGAGCUUGAUUUAUGCUUUGCCGUUUUCACCUUAUUUGCUGCUUGCGGGGAGAUUUAUUGCUGGAAUGGGUGACGGUUUUUUUGCAGCUGCGAGUGGAGAAAUCACGCUGAUCUACCCAGCUUCGAAGAGGAUUGGUAUAUUUGCAUUGCUUGAAGUAGGCAGAGUUGUUGGUAUUACUUUAGGUCCCUCCCUCAAUUUUUUCCUGCAAGGUGUAGACUUUCAUAUAGGAAAAUGGCAUAUUUUUUAUGGACCAGCCCCUGGCUUGUUCAUGGCAUUUGUUUGGUUGGUAAUGGAAGUGCUAACAUGCUUCAUGGUUUUCGAUCUAUCAAAGCACGAGGUUGGUGAAGAAGUUGAGAGUUAUACCGAAAUUAAACUUCAAACCAAGAAAAAGCCGGAGGAGCCAGAUAGAUAUGAAAUCAUAGAAACAACAGUUGAUGACUUGGCUGACAAGGGUCAUCCAGUAAGCAAUACAGCCCAAGAUGAUAAAAGUCCACUUCUUGAAUCUCCAAAAAAGCCAUGGAGGAGUCGUAGUGAAUCUGAAGAGAGUAAUUUGGAUGCAAGCCUUCAAACUGCAAUUACUGAUCUGUUGUCUGUAGAAAUUUUAGCAAUAUUUUAUGCUGAUCUUGUUCUGUGGCUGGCCCAAACAGAAUUUGAAGUUCUAGCACCACUUGUUACUCAAGAAGACUUCAAAUGGAAAGAGGGGUACCUGAGCGUUAUAUAUAUGGUUGGGGGUUGUGAAUUAAUCAUCAUAUUUCUUGUGAUCUGGUAUUUUGGCAGCAGAUUCCAUCUUGAGGAUUCAUUCUUGCUGCUGUUUUCUCUUGGUCUUACAACCUGUUCUCUACUGAUGAUGAUUGUCUAUCAAUCCAAACGCACAAACCAUACAGCUAUUGUUAUAUUGUUCUUGCUAAUUUGCUUUCUUGUGUUUUUCUCUGUUCCACUGAAUCUGGUAGCAUCGAAAUCGUUGCUGACCAAAAUCACCAAGCCGGAGACUCAAGGCUUUACUCAAGGAGUCUAUUCAUCUGUGAGCAGAAUUGCCUUAAUUCUUGGCCCUGUACUUGGCAGCUCUGCGUUCCACAGUCUCGCCCUCUUUGGUGCUCUCAUGGCACUGGCAAAUGUAGUUGCUUUUGUGUGGCUACUUCUUUGCUUGAACCGGAUCAAACAACGUGUAGAUGCAAUGCAAUCAUGAAAUUAUCUCUAUUGGCGGAUUCAUAGAAUUUGGUCAAUAGAAAUUGGUUUUGGGCUUUUCAACAACGAAAAGACUGAAUAUUAUAUACUGAGGUUUGCUGGUUGCAAGUCACAAGGAAGAUUGCUUCUGGGGAGUUUUCGCAUGGCAGGACUUAGAUUUGAGAUAUUCCGAUGAAGAUGAAAUAGUGUUUAUCGCUUUCUUCCGUUUCGAGAACCAUGUCGUAGCAGCGAAAACCCUCUUGCUUGUUUGAUAUCGCAAACUACGAGCUGAUAUCAUUGUAACAUGCCCGAUCUCAUUACUUAUCCCGUUUUUUCUGUUCUAAGUUAUUUAAGAAUCUGCUUUUCGGCGACUUCAUUGAAGUACCUGCCCAUAUACCAACCCAAUGAAUGUACAUAAUUUUUUUGUCCCGUAUCCUGUCCAGUGGACAAAAUUUCGUUACGACUUAAACAGGAAGCUACGAAGAAUGAAUUUAUUUGUUUGGCUGAAACCAAUAUUUAUUUGUUCCAUUAAGAAUUGGAUUUCUUUGUUCGCUAAUGAGCCCUGUGGCAUAACUUUGAGAAAAAUUAUAGAGCUCUUAUUACGUGAAAUAUAAAAUAUCUUCUAGAGAAUUCUACGUUGGGUGCCAUUAACUGUGCCAAUAUAGAUAUUUCAGAAAAAUAUAGGACAGGUUUUAAAAGAAACUAUUGAAAAUUUAUAAACUAUGUUAUAUUCUGCCUUUAUUGCUUUAUAUUACAAUAAUUUCUGACCGCUUUGGUAAAAAGGGCGAAAUUGAGAGGAAUAUUUAUUUUUGCUUUGAUAUAACUGAAGAUUAUAUCAAGAUUUAAUUUAAGAUUAGUUUGCCUUUUUGUUUAAUUUUCACCGAUUGUGUGGGUUUUCUUCGUAUCGUUUAUUGCAGAUUUUAUUUUUGUUAAAACUGUUCUCCUUGGUGAACAUCUAAGUAACUACCGGCUGUAAGGGUUCUUGGUGGCAUUAGUUGUAAGAACGUUGAUAGCAUAUUAACUUAAGAUGUGUUAAACCUCAAAUAUCGUUAUAAAUCUCAGAUUGCCAGUCUCCUAAUCCCGAGAUGACGAGAUAGGUCAUUAUGCAUCUGUAACAAUCCUGUUUCAAGUCUCUAACCAUUCACUAAAAUCGUAUCUGGUAUUCACCAUCUCAUUUUUUCAAAAGUCAUCCUUUGGAGACCCAGGCAUCCAAAUAUUCGUGAAAGCCUCCACCUUGACCGUUUCUCGUAAUUCUUGGAAAAGAUCAGCUUAAUCUUUGCUCUAUUCCGUCCUUAAGCUGAAAGUCGUUAAAUUUACAGUAUUUAUAAAUUUAUAUUUGUUACGCCCAUACUAUCUUUUAUUUAUGACUAUUCGUUUCUUAGUAUAACGUGAAAAUGUGUAUGUAACAUUCUCUUGAAAUAGGAACUUUUUGCGGGAACUGGGCACUAGGUUCCUCUAUUAUGAUUCUAAUUGCAGUGGAACUUCUACUGAAGGACUCCUCCCUAUAGUUUACACUUCCAAAAUAAGACUGAAAAUUUCUUCCGUAAACUAAACUUUGUUCUUCACUGUCAAAUCUAUGUAAAAGAGACGUUGGGAAAACAGACAAUGGAUUUGGUGGUAGCGAUUACCAGGGGCCCUGGAGGCUACUGCCUCUCUUUUCCCUCCCAGUUCGAUAUGAUUCUUAAGAUUGAUCCUUAAAAUGAGAUAUAUUUAAUUGAAAUCGCGAAUGAAAAUGCGACUACAAAAACUCAUCGGACUUGCCACACUGUUAAAAAUAAACAAUUUCCUCCACUGUAUCUUAUCAUAACGCAUGAGUACCCCCUGCUCCAUUGGUCCUUGUUAUAUCGAUGCUUAAAAGCUUUGAACAGGAUUAAAUACUGGGAAUAGCCGUAUCUAUAGUAGAAAUUGCAUAAACUUUAUUCGCUUGUAUAAUUUUUUGUUCAGAUAGAUAUUUUUCCGGGAAUCUUUAGUGUUAUUAUUUCAUUAGAUUUGAGAGCUGGGGAAAGGCGGUAUUAGAUUGAUGAUAACACACGUUAACAA